UGCUUUGCUUCCGCCAAUGGAAGCACCCGUGGAUGAGGAAAGCUGGCUUUGGGAAAGGUUAGGCCAGGUCCGGCCCCAGGUCCCCUGCUUGAUCUUCCCGGGUAGGCUGUGACUACAGCCUGAAAGCGCAGAGUCCAGCCAGCCUGAGCCGAGCCUGCUGGGAGCGGGGCGACAUGGAGGGCAGCCUGGGCCGGACCCUGUGCAUCCUGACCGGGGCCUCUCGGGGCUUCGGCCGCAGCCUGGCCUUGCUGCUGGCGCCGCGGUUGGCUGCCGGCUCGUCGCUGAUGCUGACCGCCCGCAACGGUGGGGCCCUUCGGACGCUGUCGGACGAGCUGGGGGCGGCGUGGCCGGAUCUGCGGGUGCUGUGCGUGUCGGCCGACCUGGGCAGUGAGGCCGGGCUGCAGAGGCUGCUGGAGGCGUUGCCCCGGCCACAGGACUUGCAGCGGCUCCUACUCAUCAACAACGCCGGUACCUUGGGAGAUGUGUCUAAAAACGUUGUGGACUUUGCUGACCCGGCAGAAGUCAAUGGGUACUGGGCUGUGAAUGUGACCUCCACUCUUUGCCUGACCUCAGGAGUCCUCCGGGCCUUCCCCAGUCCUGGCCUGAAAAGAACUGUGGUCAACAUCUCCUCCCUCUGUGCUAUUAAACCCUUCAAGAGCUGGAGCCUCUAUUGUGCUGGCAAGGCUGCCCGAAACAUGAUGUUCAGGGUCUUGGCAGAGGAAGAGCCCAGUGUGCGGGUGCUGAACUAUGCCCCAGGCCCUCUGGACACAGACAUGCACCGGGAAGCCCGAGAGAAAACCAAGGACUUGGAGGUGCGACAGGCAUCGAGCAAGUUAAAGGAGUGCCAGGCCCUGCUGGACUGCUCUGUCUCUGCCCAGAAGCUCCUGGACCUGCUGUUGAGGGACACCUUUGAGUCGGGGGCCCACAUUGAUUUCUUUGAUAAGUAGGGCUGGCUGCCCUCCACCAGCUAGGGAUCACCCCUCCCCUUCCCCUGCCAUCCUGUCCCUACCUCCGCUCUUCACAAGUGCCUAGUAAAGGAUUCACCUCUCAACCUUUCCACCCAGACAGGGGGAGAGAUCCUUGGACUGGGAAGCAGAGGACCUGCCCCAUGUCAACCUGUUUGUAAUGGGCAAAGCUGGGAUUUGAACCAAGUCCUCAGAUUCCCUGUCCAGGGCUCUCCACUCUGCCAUGAUGUGCCCCUCUUUCUCCAUUCCCUUUAAUUUCUUAUUUGGCUUCCACUGGAACUGACUCUUUUCUCCAUUCUGUAUUGUCCCUUUCUCUCCCUUCCCAAAGAGCCCUUUGGGGUCCUAGCUUACUGAGUGCAGGUUACUGAGGCUGGAAGUGUUAAGGAUGGAGUGAAGAGAAUGUGUCAGUGAGUCUGUUGGGGAAUUGGAGGGUAAAAAGGGUGACCACAUUUGCAGGGGAGGUGAUUCUCUGCCCCUUUCCAAGAAUCAGGGAGGCACAGUGGAUACUAUGCUAGGCUUGCAGUGAGCAAGCUCUGAGUUCAAAUCCAGCUACUGACAUUUAUAGUGAGACUCUGGACACUUCAUGUCGGCACCUCAGACAGCUCCCUAAGACCUAAAUCUGAAUUCCUAGACUGGCUACCAUGUGCCUUGGUCAGGGUUGUUCUUACAGUGACAGUGUUCCAUGCUAAAAUCACAUGUCAUUCCUGUAUGUAAGAGACAAGGAGAGAAGGUGAGAUGAAGAGAGAGAGAGAGAGAGAGAGAGAGAGAGAGAGAGAGAGAGA